GGGGGCGGGAGUCUGAGGAAGACACUGCCCACAAAGACGCAUUUGAGACACCUUACGCUGAGGACAGCCAAAAGGAGGGACAGCAGUAACAUCUCUGUAGUCAUAUGUUUUAGGCAGUGCAGAGACGUGACGAGACUGAACCAUUUUAAGCCUUAGAUCAUUUAUACAAUAAAAUUAUGGAGGAAGAAACUCAUAAAUCUGAACCUGCUGUGGAGAAAACACAGUGUGACAAGAAUAACAACAACAAGAUUGUAGAUGCUGCACCAAAGGAAAACAUACUUGAAAAGACAGAAGAAGAAGAAGAAGAAGAAGAAGAAAAAACAAGCAAAGACCAGAUAGAAAGAGAGAUAGAGACAGAUGAGAGCAAGAAAGAUGGAGAGAGGGAAGAAGCAAAAUGUGUAGAUGAAAAAAGCCAACUUCAAACUGAAUCUCAGGAAGGUGAUGCUGAACAAGACGCACAAGAUAAGAGCAAGAAAGAUGGAGAGAGGGAAGAAGCAAAAUGUGUAGAUGAAAAAAGCCAACUUCAAACUGAAUCUCAGGAAGGUGAUGCUGAACAAGACGCACAAGAUAACUCAACUGAUAAUGCAGCUGCUGCCAGCACAAACAGUAAUGUAGGAACAGAGGAUGAGGCCAAGACAGAAAAACAAGAGGAAAGUGCGAAGAAAGAAGAAAACACAUCAGCUAAUAAUGAGGAAAAGGUGAAAGAGGCGGUACCGAAUAAAACAGAUAAGAAAAAAGCAAGCAAAGGCAAAGAUGCAGAUGUAAAAUCGGAUGUAAAUAAAAAGGGGAAAACAGAGGAGUUGGAAAAACCAGCAAAGAGGAAGCCUGGGCCGUCUGCUGCGUCUCUCGCCGCUCUGAGUCGGCCACGCCCCUCGGCCCGCUCCAUCCGCGCAUCGGCGAAAAAGGACCUCAUCGCCAAGUUCCAGCAAGGAGCGCCAGAAUCAGUCCCACGCAACUUCAAACUCCAGAAGUCUGCCACAGCUGGGGCCACAGGGGCUACAAUCAAGCAGAAAAUACUCCAGUGGUGCAUCAGCAAAACGCGCAAAUACGAGGGGGUGAACAUAGAGAACUUUUCUUCAUCCUGGUCUGAUGGGAUGGCGUUUUGUGCUCUGAUCCAUCGUUAUUUCCCUGAUGCUUUUGACUUCAGUUCCCUGAAUCCAAAAGAGAGAGAGAAGAACUUCACCCUGGCCUUUGAAACUGCUGAGAAAUUGGCUGACUGCUGCCCCCUUCUGGAUGUGUCUGAUAUGGUCAUGAUGGGAAACCACCCUGACCCCAUGUGUAUCUUCACCUAUGUCCAGUCACUCUGCCACAGCCUGUCCAAGAUAGAGAAGGAGAGGAAAGAUAAAGCAGAAAAAGAGAAAGCUGAUAAGAAGGAAGAAGAUGAACCACAAGAGGAAGCAGAGACAGAGGACAGUGAGAUCACAGAGAGCACAGAGGAGACCCAAGUUAUAAAUGAAAGUCAAGAGGAGACCGGCGAGAAGGAGGACGAUAUGUCGAAACGUGAAGAGACUGAUAUUCAGACAAUGGAGGAAGUGGAAUCCUAGAGUUAUUCAAAAUGUUCAAGACCAAAACGAUCUUGAUUUAUGCUAUGAGGUCUAAACUGCUGUAUUUUUAAGUUCGUAGACAAUAUUUCAUCAUGUGUGUUUUAUUCACUACAAUUGUAUGUUGAUUUUUGACACAAGUGUUUAAAACUGCUGUACUAUAGAACUGGUUGAAUGAGCUGAAGUAAAAUGAAGGUGAUACAGAUUUCUUAUAUAUUACAUUUGAUACAUGUAGUUGUGUGUUUUGUCACUUCACUGUGUUGACUUGUAAAUGCAAAUGUGAAAUGUUACUAUAUUAUUAAACUGAAUUGAAG